GAGAACAAAAAAAAAAACAAAAAAAGGAGAGAAGAAUGUUACAGUUUCCGACGUUGAUGAGUCAGUUCCCGUCGUCGACGAAGACGAUUCCGGCAUCUUAUUUGCUUCCGUUACAGUGGCCUCAACCGCAGAACGAAGAGCUCCUUCUGGCCAUGGAAGAAGCUGAGUUCGAAGAAAAGUGCAAUGAGAUCAGAAAGAUGAGUCCUGCUUUACCUGUAAUUGGAAAGCCAGUCGUUGACAACCACCAAGAAGAGGAAGAUAAUGAAGCAGAGGAUGAUGAUGCAGACAAUGCAGAGGAAUCAGAUGGUGAAGAGUUUGAGCAAGAAACCGGAUAAAUAUCUUGAUGCUGGAAAACACACAAGGUUUACUGAUGGAAUUUUGGGAUACGUAUCUAAAAAACCUUCUUGUACCAAAAACCACUGUUAUUCUGACUUUGCAAUCCAUUUCUUUUCUUUUGUUUUUUUCUUCCAAUCACUCUUGGUCAUUACAUCAGUCGUGGAUCGGUGGAUAGUGAUUCGUAGUUCACAGACUCAUGGUCUUAAAUUUGUACAUUUAAGGAGGCUAAAGAUGUUGAAUGUUUUUGUUGUGUACAUUGAAUUUUAUGUUUUAUAGAUGGAAUGACUAUUGUAGUGA